AUGGCCUGUCCUCUUACACCCCCCUAUGUCUUCAACUCGGCAUGUUCCGACGAUGACAAGAUCCAGCUGAAGCGACGAGGUGACUUUGCCGACAAGGUCUUCUUGAAGAAGUUCAAGGUUCUUCCUUCUGCUGACUCCUCCGAGUCCGAGUCCUGCUCCGAGACCGAAAUCCGACCCGUCUCUCAGCGACAGCGGUCUGUUUCGGCCACCAAGCUGCGACGACGACGGUCCUUCGCUCCUAGCUCUGAUGUCCAGGCUCGACAGCGAUGCCUCGAGUAUCUCGUGUCUGCUAUCGACGAGGUCUGGGCUCGAUUCUGCGCCUGCACCUCGUUUGCUGAGGAUCAGCACUACGCUUACGACAUGCCUAGCCCCAAGCAGGAUGUCGACGAGGAUGACGAGGAGAUUGAAGACAGUGGAAAGCUGCAGGCUCUCAAGGAACGUCUGACCAAGGCCAAGUACUACCUUCAAGAUCUUUCUGAUGUGUCCGACAUGGACGCUUCGGUGUCCUUCUGGAACCGAUGGGAUCUGGUCAAAUACGCUGUUAUCGAGUUCGUCGAAGACAAUGGCGAAGAGGAUGACGUUAUCGAGGGAGUUUGCUCCGAGCUCGAGGAAGGUCGUCUGUGA